UUGGAUGAGUUGCGUGUGGGGGGGGGGAGGAGUCGUAGAGCACAUCUGGACAGGUGGAUCUGUUGGUGUUGGAGAUCUUGUUUUUAGUGUCCGGGAUCUGUUUAUGCUUUGGCAGAAGAUCGCGGCUCUCUCAGAUACCUGGGCUGCUUGCAGCAGGUCGGCAAGGAUUUCUGGCUUCCAGCUGCUUCGCGGCAUUGUCAGGUGUCAGCUGUCUUGACCCUCCGGCCAGCAAACAUGUCUCAGUGGCAACAGAUCCAGAAGUUGGACGGACGUUACCUGGACCAGGUGCACGAUCUUUACUCUGAAGACUGCCUGCCCAUGGAAGUACGAGAGUACCUUGCCUAUUGGAUCGAGGAGCAGAACUGGAGCCUAGCGGCACAAUCCGACCCCUCGCAGGCUUGCAGGCUUUUCCACACCAUGCUGGGGUUGCUUGACGAUCAACUUGGACGCCUUGUUUUGGGGGAAGAAAACAAUUCUAACAUGGUCCUCAAGCACAACCUGCGCCGCUCCAAACUCAACCUACAGGCCAAGUAUCAAGACCAGCCAGAGCAGCUGGCCAACUUCAUCGAUGGCUUGCUGAGAGACGAGCAAGCGAUCCUCGCAGAAGCCUUGGCCGCGUCGCGGGCACAAGUGGAGCCAUCGCCCGGUGCCUCUGUGGCCCUCAACCCGCAUCACAACAUUGAGGGCCGGCUCAUGGAUAUGCGAAGGACUAUUCAGGGUCUGAAAUGUUCCGUAGGCCAACUUGAGGAUCUGCAGGAUGCCUUUGACUUCCGUUACAAGACGCACCAAAUGUUGGUAAGUACGUACACUCCUGAGGUUAAAACCCGAAGAGAACGGGAGUUGAAGGACAUGCUGAAUAAUGUGAACCGCUGCCGCAAAGAACUGCUGGAUCGGAUCAGGGAGCUGCUAGGCCGCUCCGAUACCCUGAGGGACUUUCUGCUGGCAGAGCUAGCGGUGUGGCAAGAUUGCCAGCGGCGGGCGUGUAUCGGGGACAAUUGUGACACCAGCUUGACAGAACUGGAGAAGUGGUUCACCGAGAGUGCUGAGAACCUCUUCUAUUUGUUGCUUCUGCUUCGCACCCUGGAGGAGCUGCGCCAAAAGGUGUCCUACGAAGGAGAUCCCUUGCGUGUCCAGUUGCCCCAGCAGGAGAAGCGGCUGAAAGAGCAAAUUUCCUGUCUUUUGAAAAGUGCAUUUGUGGUGGAGAUUCAACCUUCCAUGCCAUUGCCCAACCGGCGGCCUCUGGUGCUGAGAACCAGCAACAAGUUCUCUGUCCGUGCCAGGCUCCUGGUGAAGCUCUUGGAUCGAAACCACCCGAUGGAGGUGAAGAUUGAGAUCGACCGGAACGCUGCUAAUUUGGAAAGGUUUCGGAGGUUCAACAUCUUGUCGUCAACCACCAAAACCAUGGUGAUGGACCGGCCCCAGGUGGAGGGGCUCAUCUGUGACUUCAAGUACAUUAUGCUGAAGGAGCAGAAAAACGCUUUGGGCAAAGGCAAGGGCGGCAAAGGGCUCGGUGAGGGAUUGUUGCCUGUCACAGAGGAGCUCCACACCAUCACUUUCAUCCUGGACUAUUGCUACCAAGAUUUUACAUGUCAGCUGCAGACAUCCACUCUGCCAGUGGUGGUCAUCUCUAAUACCAACCAGAUGUCCAGUGCUUGGGCCUCUAUCUUAUGGUGCCUCAUGUUCAGUCCAAACCCAACGAACCAGCCAUUCUUCUGCAAUCCACCUGCUGCCACCUGGGACCAGCUGUCCCCUGUCCUGAGCUGGCAAUUCUUGGCUGCUACUGACCGCGGCCUAAACACAGAUCAACUCAAGAUGCUGAGAGAGAAGCUCUGUGGACCAAAUGCAACGCCACAGAGCACAGUCACCUGGGCACAGUUUGCCAAGCCUACUUCGUACCUUUUCUCCUUCUGGACCUGGAUUGAUGGGAUCUUGCUCCUGAUUAAGGAACACCUCCUGCAACUCUGGAAGAACGAUCUCAUCAUGGGGUUCGUGAGCCGCAAGCGGGAGAGGAGUUUGCUGAAGAAGAAGAGGGCAGGCACCUUCCUGCUGCGCUUCAGUGAGAGCACCGCAAAUGGGGGCAUCACGUUUACCUGGGUGGACUUCGACGACACAGGUUCCCCCAAGUUCCAGUCUGUGGAGCCCUACACCUGCUCCGAGCUAAAGUACUUGGCGCUGCCAGACAUCAUCCAUGACUAUCAUUUCCUGGCUGUGGAGGAAAAAACUGAAAAUCCACUGAAGUACCUCUAUCCUGACACGCCCCGGGAUGCAGCUUUUUCUCCUUACUAUAGUGAACGCCGGGAAGCGGACCUGCCGGAAGAGAGGCGCUACUUGAACCGCCGUCUGAUCAGAGUCUCUUCUCAGCAGCAAGAAGAGGCCCAGGUUCCCAGGCUGAAUGGUUCGGCCUUUGCAGACGAUGAGCACUUGAACCACGAUGCGGCGGGAUUGGAGCAUGGCCUUCAAGUUCCCAGGCUGAAUGGUUUGCCCCUUGCAGACAAUGAGCACUUGAACAAUGAUUUGGUGGGGUUGGCGCGCAGCCUUCAAGGCCUUCUGUCCAACAGGCAAGAUCCUUUCCUUCCGCUGCCAGGUGAUGAUCAGUUGCCACCGCUGCCCAUUCAGCUGUUUGAGGCGCCUGAUGACAUCCCAGAACUGAAUGUGAUGCCUCAUGAGAUCCCAGAGCUGAACGUGAUGGCUGAUGAGAUCCCAGAGCUGAACGUCGAUGAAAGCGAUUUUCAGUAGGCUCCCAUGUACUGUCACUGCUCCCCACUUUGAUAAGACAAGCUGGCAUCUUCUUGGAAAUAAAAGCAGGUCCACCAGAGGAGGGUUGAUGGCGAUGGCGAUGAUUUCUGGCAAGAUGGAUGCCUAAAACUGUGGCUCUGCUCCCUUCCGACUGCCUGCUGUCUUCCUUGUGCCCCCGCAAUGGAGCAUGGCUUUCUUGUUAAUCAGUUCAAAGGGGAUGCUUGAACCACCUUUGAAGUUGCUCUUGAGCAUUCAAAUAGAGAGAGAGGCUGGAGACUGGGAAUGCCUGAAAAUGGGUGUGUAAGCAAUGAGAGUUCUGCUAGUUUGGGUUUUAAGUAUUUGGGGGCCACCACGCUUACCCAUCCCGUGUGCGGCUGCCGGCAUACCUGCCAAGUUACUGUCAGAAAAAUAAGGGACCAGGCCAGAAAUAGCAGGCCGGAAGUAGCGCUGCCGCCAUUUUGGAACUGGGCGGGGCAUGCUCAGAAGUGACUUUUGAUGCUGCUUUGCCCAGCUCCAAAAUGGCCACCGCGCCAGAAUAAACUGGGGAAAAGCAAAAAAAUCAGUUUUUUCAGCUAGGAACAGCUGGAAAAACGGGGAUUUCCUGGGGAGAACGGGAGACUUGGCAGCUAAGGCUGCCGGCUCAACCUGUAUAUUUGUAAAUAAGCAGGUGUUAUGUAAUAUAAUUUAUAUCCUUAUGAUGUCCUGUCCUGUACAGCUUCUCUGGAACGUCCCAUCAUUUGGAGAAGUAGAGGGUGGAAAUCAAACUGCAUAUUGGUACCUGCAAACGCAGACAGAGGUUGCUCUUUUCUCUGGAAUUUUGGUCCUUCUGUUCAGUCGUCUUUUCCAAUUUGUAUUUUUUUUCACAGACUGUUCUGCUAAUGCCAUUUCCAAAUCAUUGCAAUAGCCCAUAGGUUUCUUCUUUAUCCUCCCACAUCUUUUUCCAGACCUGAUCUGUGGCAGGGUUGGGGGUUUUGUGUGUGUCUGUUUUCGUAAUAAAAUUCACUUUUGCUGGC